AUGGAUGAGCUCGAUUUGUUGUUGGAGGAGCUAGCCCUCAAUCCAUCUGCUUCAAAAGGCUCUAAUGCUGAAGAGGCAGCUUCAAAAGACUCACCUAAAGGACUGGACUCCAUUUUAGAAGAUCUGAUCAGCCUUGACUCAGAGGAGGCAGAGGCUUCACCACUUCUACAGAAGCAGACUCUUGAGAAGAAAAAAAAUGGCGCUCAACUGGAUUCCGGUGCAAAGCCUUCAGCUGGGGGCAAAGAUUCAGAGAACAUUGAUGAUCUUCUUGGAGGACUGAACACUGACUUGAAAAAGAUGGGAGUGCAUACCGUGCCCAAGGGCCACUGUGCUGCCUGUAACAAAGUUAUUGUGGGGAAGAUGGUUACAGCAUUGGGUGAAACGUGGCACCCCCAUCACUUUGUGUGUGUGGCGUGUAAGACUGAGCUGAGCACCACAGUGUACUUUGAGAAGGAUGGACGUCCAUACUGUGGCAAAGACUUCGAGCAGCUCUGUGCUCCACGCUGUGCAUACUGCACCAGGCCUAUUACGCAGAAUAUCUUGACAGCUCUAGACCAGACGUGGCAUCCAGAUCACUUCUUCUGUGCUCACUGUGGAGACAUCUUUGGAGAUGACGGUUUCCUGGAGAAGGAUGGGAAGCCUUAUUGUUCCCGGGACUUCCAUCGACUCUUUGCACCUAAAUGUGCUGGCUGUGGGGGGUCAGUGAUGGAUGAUUACCUGUCUGCAGUCAAUGCUACAUGGCACCCGGAGUGCUUUAUUUGCACGGACUGUCUAAAGCCCUUCUCCGACGGCCGUUUCAUGGUACUGGACGGGCGCCCGCUGUGCGAGGCUGACUUCAACUCACGUCAGGGCACCCUGUGCGGAAGUUGCCAUCAACCCAUCGUGGGCCGCUGCAUCUCGGCCAUGGAGAGCAAGUUUCACCCGGAGCACUUUGUGUGCGCCUUCUGUAGCCAGCAGCUCACCCAAGGAAUUUUCAAGGAGCACAAAGGCAGCCCGUAUUGCCAGAGGUGCUUUAACAAACUCUUUGUAUGA